UGCUGCUGACGUCAGUGACCUUCACCUCCAGUGCCUCCUCCCACCUCUACUCCCCACUCUGCUCCUCAUCUGCCUCCUUCCUCCGCUCCCUCGACUCUCUGGGUCCUCCCAUUGGUCUGCCUCCUAUGAUGUCAUCAGCUACCCAUCAACUGACCACACCCUCUCCGGUUCUGAGUCCGCCCCCUCCUGAGUUAACCCCGCCCCCUGCUCAGCUGCUGGGCUCAGAUGAUGAAGAGCAGGAAGACCCGUCAGACUACUGUAAAGGUGGUUACUACCCGGUGAAGAUUGGUGACCUGUUUAAUGGGAGAUACCACGUGGUCAGAAAACUGGGCUGGGGACAUUUUUCUACUGUUUGGCUCUGGUGGGAUCUGCAGAAGAAGCGUUUUGUGGCAUUGAAGGUGGUAAAAAGUGCUCCACAUUACACUGAGACGGCUCUGGAUGAGAUCAAAUUGCUCAGAUGUGUGAGGGACAGUGACCCCUCUGACCCCCACAGAGAAACCAUCGUCCAGCUGAUCGAUGACUUCAAGAUCUCUGGAGUCAAUGGAGUCCAUGUCUGUCUGUCUACCUGUCUGUCUACCUGUCCACCUGUCUAGUGGAUCAUCAAGUCGAACUACAUGGGACUUCCUCUGCUGUGUGUGAAGACCAUCAUCAAACAGGUGCUUCAGGGUCUGGAUUACCUUCACACCAAGUGUAAGAUCAUCCACACCGACAUCAAACCAGAGAACAUCUUACUGGAUGUAGACGAGGUCUACAUUAGGAGGUUGGCAGCUGAGGCCACCGUCUGGCAGAGAGCUGGAGCCCCACCCCCCUCAGGAUCAUCAGUUAGCACGGCUCCCAGGGAUCUACAGGUUGGUAAACUGUCUAAGAAUAAGAAGAAGAAAUUGAAGAGGAAAGCGAAGCGUCAGCAGAGACUGUUGGAAGAGAGACUGAUAGAUAUACAGAUGGAGGAGGAAGAAGGAGUGUAUCAACCUGAGGACACAGACACACACUGUUCUCUCGUUAUCAACGGCAACACCAUCUGUUCCACAGCCAACAGUAAAGCCAGUCCAGAGUCCACCUGCUCCUGGCUGGAGGACAGGUGUAAUGGCCACGCCCCUGGUCGUUUCUCCAGCCCUGCGUCUGGCCUAUCAGGUUUCUCCAGUUCUGUGAUGUCAGCGACGUCUGAAUCAGCACUUUCUACUCAGUCAGGAUACUCGAGUGGGCGAGACGUGUUCAGUGCGUCAGACUUCGUCCUCAGUCCUCUGGAUCCUCAAAAUGCGGACAAACUGAAAGUGAAGAUCGCUGAUCUGGGAAAUGCAUGCUGGGUGCACAAACACUUCACUGAAGACAUUCAGACCAGACAGUAUAGAGCUCUGGAGGUUCUGAUUGGAGCAGAGUACGGACCACCUGCUGACAUCUGGAGCACCGCCUGCAUGGCGUUUGAGUUGGCAACAGGAGAUUAUCUGUUUGAACCUCAUUCAGGAGAAGACUACACCAGAGACGAAGAUCACAUCGCUCACAUCAUGGAGCUUCUCGGACCCAUCCCUCUGCCCUUUGCUCUGUCUGGCAGGUACUCUAGAGAGUACUUCAACAGGAGAGGUGAGCUGCGGCACAUCUCCAGCCUGAAGCCUUGGGGACUGUUUGAAGUCCUGCUGGAGAAGUACGAGUGGCCUCUGGACCAGGCGGCUCAGUUCAGUGACUUCCUGUUGACCAUGUUGGAGCUGCAGCCUGAACGCAGAGCGACGGCAGCUCAGUGUCUACAGCACGCAUGGCUGCACACAUGAACACACAAACACACACACACACACACACAGACACAGUGGUUGAGGAGUUUUAGUGUCUCUAUCUCGGUGGUGAUUUAAUUUGAUGUAGGAAAUUAUCAUCUCGACUGUCUGAAUGCUCUGUGGACUGAUUCCUAAAUUGGUUGAUUGAUUGGUUAGUUGGUUAAUUUGUUGGCUGGCUGUGCAGGUCAACAGAUUUAAUUGAGGCUGCAUCCAAAUGUCUGUGAUGAUCCAGUUCUUAGACUCUGAACAGGUCUGAGCAGGUCGGAUUAGGUCUUAGAUCUGCUGCACAGAGAAAUAAAGAGGAUGAAGGUGGACUUCAUCAUCCUCACAGCAGUGUCGUAGCUUCUUCAGUUUUAAAUGUGGUAAAUAAACAGAUCAGAGACUUCAGGUUUAAUAAAGAACAGUUGGUGUUUUAUCUGUGAUAAGUUUGUAAAUGUUAAACAUUAGAAUAGUAUAAAGAUACAGGAGGUCAAACUGUCUAGUCCUCUUUGCUGUGCUGCAGAACAAGUCUCAUGAUCCUGAUCC